UUGUGAGUUGUUUGAAAUCCGGAUGAUUCUAGUUCUGUACUAUUUAAUAUUAUGAAAAAAGAAUUUGAUAGAAAGAUCUAACUUGUCAUUUGAUUCAGUCACACUCUUUACUUUCGCAAACUACCACUCUUUGUUUCAGAUUUGGUCCUAGCGUUGAACGAUCUGAGGAAGUUGACGGUUUCUCGCCGAUCUGUUUGUUUAUUGCUCGAUCUAUGUUCAGUUUUGACUUAAAUCAACGCGAAUCUGAUAUGAUAUUGGAGAUCUGAAACGCGGUUAUCGUUUUCACUUGUUUCGUUCUUUCAUUUGUGUCGUUAGUUUGUAGAUCUAGGAUAUUUCUGCUCUUGAGUAGAUUGUGAGCAUGAUGGAGACGUUGUUUGUUGUUGCUCAACAUAGUAGAAGCAUCAAAAGUCAUAGUCCUUCUAGAUAUGGCUCUUUUGAUUCUCCUCCUUCGAAAGGUUUUAGAGAUAUUAAUUGUCGAUCAUUUCAAUCAGGACAUGGUAUACUUCCUACCCCUCAGAAUUCCUAUUCAUCGGUUCCUUCGCCAAAGGAUUUGAAAACCUCUAAAUGUAGUAAUCCAAUGGAUAUUCCUGUUAAGAGUGGACGAGUUGGUUCUCCUAAAGAAGAUAGGUUUGAUAGAUUUUCUUACUCUGAACUCUGGGCAGGGCCAGCAUAUUCAAAUUCACCCCCUCCCAGUUCAUUGCCAAUGCCUAAGUUUUUCACAAUUCAUCAUCCUAAACGUACUGUGUCACUUGAAUUGCCUCUUUCUCCAUCCUCUGAAAUUGACUUUGACCCUAUAUCUGAGAAGGCCAAGUCUGCACCUUCUUCACCCACCAGAGCAUAUCAUGACAGUUCAGUUAAUGAUUUGUUUGAUGUUGCUGAUACCGCGACAAAGACCUUGCGUCGCAUUCUCAAUCUCGAUAUAUCAGAUGAAUGAAGUAAUCGAGGGUGGGUGGACCUUCACUCUUGUAAAUAUAAGUUGUAUAUAGAAUGAAUAAGUUAAUCUCCUUCAGAAGUUCCUUUUAAGUAGUCUUUAGAUAAAUCAAGAGGAGGUGGAUAGUAUACUGAUCACGAGUUUCAUGGAUUUAUGAAUUUGGGUUUGGACUGUUGGAGAUGUUGCAAGAUAACCUUCAUUAUUGAUUUUGAUGCAGAAGGCUGCUAUUAUAAUUAUUGACAUCAUCAAUAGACAGACAUUAGGGUUCAUCUCUUUUACACUUUAGCCAUCUCUGGUCUUUCCUCCCUACUUCAACAGUUUCUUUCUUUCUUUCUAAUCUUAUCCUUCUAAUGGGGAAGAGUUGUGUAUUCCAAUUAUCCUACUUUUUCUACCUUUUAUCGGAGAAAGUGGGAAGAGGAAUUAAAUAGUUCUACAUCUGCUGUUGUUUCAUUUAUAUGAUUAUCGUACCCUUUUGCUUCUUCUAAUCUUAGUGAGUUUUCUUCGCCUCUAGCUUUAAUAGUUAAUUCCCUUCUAUCAUGAUCCUUUUGAAACUGCUUGCUGAUCAGAGCCAAUUCCUCCUUUAACUACAGCUCAUCAGAACUGAAUCUGCCAUAAGAUGACUAUGUUGUUUCUUUGUAGUAUUAUUAUUAUUUCCUAUUUCAGUGCUUUUAUUAUAUCUAAUGUGUUGAACUGGUGUAUUUAUCUAUCUUUGUAUUGAUACUUUAUAUUAUGCUUUUAUCUAUCAGUGUUAAGACUUUAUAAUGCUAUUUAAGUUUGUUGUCA